AUGAACUCAGCAUCAACACAAUUCGUGCCUGCGAGGCGAAUGGGCAUAUAUGAGCCGAUCCAUCAAAUGGGGAUGUGGGGUGAUUUCAAAGGCAAAACAUGUCUGGAUGAAUCUUCACCGUUGAUUUUUGAUGUUGAUGCUAAACUCGACAACCAGUCGGAGGAUACUUCACAUGGAACAGUUGGUCCUUCCAAUAAAUACGAUCAAGAAGCAAGUAAGCCUGAGAAGGUAUUGAGACGCUUGGCACAAAACCGUGAGGCUGCUCGUAAGAGCCGUCUACGUAAGAAGGCCUAUGUUCAGCAGUUAGAAAAUAGCAAAUUGAGGCUUAUUCAGUUAGAACAAGAGCUUCAACAAGCCAGACAACAGGGUUUGUACGUUGGUGGCACUUUAGAUACUACUCAGCUAGGAUGUGUAGGAACUACAAAUCCAGCCAUUGCUACAUUCGAGGCGGAGUACGGACAAUGGAUGGAAGAACUAAAUAGACAAAUAUCCUUUUUGGGGAAUGCUUUGCAGUCGAAUGUUGGGGAUAUGGAGCUUCAGUCGCUCGUCGAUGGUGGAAUAAGGCAUUACUUUGAUCUCUUUGUGAUGAAAUCGACUGCUGCAAAAGCUGACGUUUUCUACAUCAUGUCGGGCUUGUGGACAACGCCGGCCGAACGUUUUUUCCUCUGGAUAGGCGGCUUUCGGCCAUCAGAAAUUCUAAGGGUUCUGAGAGCACAUCUCGAUCCGUUAUCAGAACAACAACAAUUGGAUGUAUGUAAUCUGGCGCAAUCGUGUCAGCAGGCAGAGGAUGCUUUAUCACAAGGGAUGGAAAAACUUCACAUAAUUCUUGCGGAGACCAUAGCCGGAAGAAAACUGGGCGAAGACAGCUAUGGCCCACACAUUCGAGCUGCUGUCGAUAAGUUAGAAGCUCUCGUGAGGUUUGUGGCUCAGGCGGAUCAUCUCCGGCAAGAAACACUUCAGCAGCUCUUGCGAAUUCUCACGCCUCGUCAAGCAGCUCGGGCCCUCAUUGGGUUGGGUGAGUACUUGAAAUGUCUUCGGGCUUUAAAUUCGGUUUGGUCCUCACGUCCUCGUGAGAAGGCCUAA